ACUCUAACAACAUGGAGAGAAACCAACAAUACCACAAUGCAGAAAAUGGUCCUCCACAAUGAGGGGUUAUAUCAACUAUGCCACCAUGUGGGAAAAAGGGGCACUGUCAAUGGAUCCAGAUUUUUCCAUCAGAUUUAACAGCCUAAUAUUCCAAUUAUAAAUAUGACAUUCCUGCAUAAGAUGCUGCUCAACUCAAAUUCUUUGAUAAGCUUUCACAGAGCCACAGAUUUGCAAAGGCUGCAACAGACAAAUGGAAAAGAAAAGCAACUCAAACAUGUGGGAAGGCUACGUAGACUGGAGAAACAGACCUGCCCUAAGAGAUCGUCAUGGUGGUGCAUGUGCAGCAUCUUUCGUCCUUGUUGUCGAAGUCUUGGAGAACCUAGCAUACCUGGCCAAUGCAAGCAACUUAGUUCUCUAUCUGUCAAAGUUCAUGAAUUUUUCCCCAUCCUCUUCGGCCAACCAUGUUACGAACUUCAUGGGCACUGCAUUUCUUCUUGCUCUACUUGGAGGAAUACUAUCUGAUUCCUAUUUCACUACCUAUUGCAUUUUUCUAAUAAGUGCAAGUGUCGAACUCCUGGGUUUAUUGAUUCUCACUGUGCAAGCUCACAUCAGGUCAUUGAGUCCUCCUGUCUGCACAUCUGUAAACAGAAAUAUUUCGUGCCAGGAAGUGAAGACGGGAAAGGCAGCAAUUCUAUUUUCAGGCCUUUAUUUGGUUGCACUAGGUGUUGGAGGAAUAAAAGGUUCACUUCCUCCACAUGGUGCCGAGCAGUUCAAUGAGUAUACACCACAAGGAAGGAAGCAGAGAUCAUCGUUCUUCAAUUACUAUGUGUUCUGCCUGUCCUGUGGAGCACUGAUAGCUGUAACAUUUGCCGUCUGGAUUGAAGAUAAUAAGGGCUGGCAGUGGGGUUUCGGAGCAGCAACUGCAGCAAUAUUAGUUUCAAUACCAAUUUUCCUCCUUGGAUCACCUGUUUAUAGGAUCAAAAUCCCCUCUGGCAGUCCCAUUACCACCAUAUUCAAGGUUGUGGCAGCUGCAACUUACAAACAUUGGAUUUCAAGGAAGAGUGGUACUGCUAUUGAGAAUACGAGCACAUCACCAUCAACUAAAAAUGAGGCCGGUGAGGAUGAAAAACAUUCCAAUGGAAGUGCAGAAAUUGUGUCACUUACCAAAGACCUCAAAUUCCUCAACAAAGCAUCGGAGAUCACUCCAUCGGCACCAUGGCUUCAUUGCACAGAAAAACAAGUUGAGGAUGUAAAAUCAGUCCUCAAGAUACUUCCAAUAUUCAUGUCAACCGUUAUGCUAAAUUGCUGCCUCGCCCAACUUUCUACCUUUUCAGUACAACAAGCUUCCACCAUGGACACUAAAUUUGGAUCAUUUCGAAUUCCUCCAGCUUCUCUACCAGUAUUUCCAGUACUCUUCAUAAUGAUACUUGCCCCUGUCUACGACCAUUUCGUGCUUCCAGUUGCCCGAAAACUGACCAAUACAGAAGUGGGAAUCACUCAUCUAAAGAGAAUCGGAACCGGACUAAUUCUCUCUAUCAUAGCCAUGGGAGUUGCAGCAUUAAUAGAGAUGAAAAGGAAGAGGGUGGCAGUAGAAUCAGGCCUUGUAAAUUCAACUGAACCUCUACCAAUCACUUUCCUUUGGGUGGCAUUGCAAUACCUCUUCCUGGGCUCAGCUGAUCUUUUCAGCUUAGCAGGUAUGAUGGAUUUCUUCUUCACUGAGGCACCCUUUAGAAUGCGGUCACUAGCAACAUCUCUAUCCUGGACAUCAUUGGCAAUAGGAUAUUAUCUCAGCUCAGUACUUGUAGAUAUAGUCAACUGCAUUAGUGGCGCCUUCCAACAUAAGCCAUGGCUCUAUGGCAGUAACUUGAACCAUUAUCACCUGGAAAGAUUUUACUGGUUCAUGUGUGUCUUAAGUGGACUGAACUUCCUGCAUUAUCUCUUCUGGGCUCGGCGCUACCACUACAAAGUGUCCAGCCCUGAAAACCAGAAGGAAACUCAAGACCCAAAAUAAGAGACCAGAGGUUUGAGCAUUGCCACUCUCAUCUAUAUGAAACAGUCAUAACAUAAUUGUCCUUUUGAUGGACUAGAGAGAUCUGAGAACAAUAAGAUGUAGCUAGUCAAGUACACCAUACUAUCUUGAGUAUCAUACACAUAGCAAAUAGCUUAUUCUAUGCAUUCUAUGUCAUUUCUAUGAGUGAAAAUCAUUAUCGAAAAUUUUUAUUGUAGUGCAU